GAAAAGGCUACUCCUUUGUCCUCUAAUGCCUCCCAAAACUGGCAUUAUUCGGUUCUGGAGAAUGCAUUUCUCCUCGGGAGCGACGGUAGAAGAGUAGGCUGCGAAUCCCAAAUCGCGGCCUACUAUCCGAAACACAAAUAAUUCGAGAGCCGUGAUUGUGAAUUGCUUUUAUUCUCUGGAUUGAAAUGAAAUGAAAUGUUCUGGUAAUCGACCCCGGAUAUUAUAGGUGUUGAAAAGAGAAGGUAAAGGCUGAAAUUAAUUCAGAUGGAAGCUGGUCAGGUUGGAGUUGAUGGUAAUGCUGAGAAGUUAAUGGGAGCAUCUCAAGGCCUCAUCAACCCGGCAAGCCUGCCUGCGCAAGUAGAGCAUUUUUCCAGUCCUAGAUGUGACCCCACACCUCCAUUUCCUGCAAAUAAGGGGAAGAGCAAGGUCAACCAUCAGGGUUCACAGGAGAGCAAUACAACUCCAAGUGUCUCAAAUUUUUAUGUCUUCAAGAGUCGCUUGCAAGAGUAUGCUCAGAGAGCAGGGCUUCCAACUCCUGUUUAUGAGACUAUCAAGGAAGGCCCUUCUCAUGAGCCUUCCUUUAGAUCAACAGUUAUUGUAAACAAUGUUAGAUAUGAUUCUCUACCGGGAUUUUUUAAUCGCAAGGCAGCAGAGCAGUCAGCUGCUGAAGUAGCUCUCAUGGAACUUGCCAACUCAGUGGACCCAAAAUUUGGCAUCACUCAACCAGUGCAUGAAACGGGUUUGUGCAAGAACUGGGUGCAAGAAUAUGCUCAAAAAAUGAACCUUGCAGUCCCAAUAUACGAGUGCCACAAGGACGAGAGACAAGGCAAUAUGUUCACAUUUUAUUGUACGCUUGAAAUUGGGGGCAUCAAGUAUAUAGGAGGUUCAGCAAACACAAAGAAGGAAGCCGAGAUUAAAGCUGCGAGAACUGCUUUAUUGGCCAUUCAGUCUGCUGCAUCUGGUUCUGAAGAUCAAGUCAGGAAAUCUGUUUACACUGUUCUUCCAUACAAAAAGAAGGCAAUGGAUCUUGGAAUCAGCACCCAGGAGACUGCAGCAGCCCUCAAAGCAACGAAAAAUCGUUUGAAAAAACAGCAGCGGAAGAAGAGGCGUGGUGUGAAGUGGUGUAAAUGUGCUAGAGAAAAGAUGGCAGGUGGUAUGGAGGCGAAAAAGAACGGUCUGGAAGGAGUAGAAAUGGGUGCAAGUGAUUCUAUAAGAUCUGAAAGUAAGGUGGCUAAUAAUUUGGAGGCCCACAAGGAUGGUCAAGCAGGAGAGGAAAUGGGCUUAACUGAUGCUGGACCUGAACCAACUGUAGUAGCGGCAAAUACAUGCGAUGGGGGAUCUUCGAAUGGAAAUCUGGAAAAUGGUUUAUCGACAUAGUAGAGACACAGGAUUGACAUCUCUCGAGUAGCCAAGAGACUUGCUUAUCAUUCCGCAGACUGAAGAAGCGGAUUUAAUGCUUUGGUCAAGGAGCUGAAACGUCGUUUGGAACAACUUUCUAAUGAAGGCAUGUUCACCGUCAGUAGUUUGUAGAUGGCUGUCUAAAACUAGGUUAUUCAGUUGGUAACCUUAUUACCAGCAAAUAUAGAACAUGAGGCCUAGCAUGGAUGAGUAAAUAUGCUUGCAUGCGGCAUUUUCUCUUUUGAAUUUAAAUUAUUUCCUUUAAUAUUGACUGGAAGCAAGUUCAAUGCAAGUAUGUUUUAGUUCUCUUUGAUUGUUUGUUCAUCUUAAAUUUCAGAAUAUCGCCUAGCUGUUGAAUUUGGAAAAGCUAUUGUCCAUAUGUAA